AUGGCCAUGGCCAACUGCACAGACAUUGAAGAUGGGAGGAGGAAUACCCAAAAAGAAGAGACUCAAACUAGAGGCUGGAAUAAAUUAAAUCAUGAUAUUCUCGUAAAAAUAUUUCGAAAAUUAAGGGAUGAACACUUGCUUGUUGAUGUAUCGAUGGUUUGUUGUUCUUGGGAAAUUGCUUGUUGGGAUGUCUUGUUCUGGGAGGGUGAUUGCCAUCAACUGGAAUUAGGAUUGGGUUAUAAGAAAAGGUUAGGACGUCCCAUGGACUACUCGGAGAUGGAGAUCAGAGGGAUGAGGUUGGUGAAAAAUAUAAUGGAAGGUGAUAAAGCUUAUGCCACACCUAUGAAUAGUUGGGCUCAUUCUCUUCUCUGCCUUCUCUUAGAUAAUGAUUUUCCUGUUUCAGACAGAAUUCUUCUUUACAUUGCAGAGAGAACACCACAAAUGAGAACAAUUAUAUUCAGCAGAUCUCAGAGAAUAGCAAGAAGAGGCUUUUCCAGAGCGAUUAUCCACUGGAAACACAUCCAGUAUGCAAUUCUUGGUCCCAUUGCUGAUGAGCACAUCGCCAUUGCCAUUGGAAAGAGUUUUCCAAGACUCCAGACUCUCGAGUUCUUCCAUUGCUGCAUAGGUCAAGUGGGAAUAGCGAUUUUCGUAGGCAACUGUGGGGAACUCAGGCGUGUGAAAAUUGAAUGUUGUUGGUUGCUGGAAGCGGAAACCAGUAGUUCUAAAGGUGGAUUGAGGAAGAAGGCAGAACCUCGAGAUUUUGUUGAAUGGCCUAAUGAUCUUGUUCAAGUACUAGUCUUGAUUGGGGAUUCAUAUCGAUAA